AUGACAUUCCUCGAAAUCGCCAUCUUCAACCCGGCCUCGGCGCUAGUCGCUUACACCUCCGGCGGGGCAGACCGGCUGGAACUAUGCGCUGAUGGCUCGUCGACCAACGGUGGCACGACGCCGACACUCACGACACUGGAGUGUGUUAUAGGCUCGCUCAGCUCGUCUCCUCAUCACCGCGGUCAAUGGCGAAACUCGAUCCCAAUCUAUACCAUGGUCCGGCCACGCGGCGGGGACUUUGUGUAUUCCGACGAGGAAUUCGAAGUGAUGAAGCAGCAACUCCGCGAGCUGAAACAGGCGGAUUAUAGCAGUCGCAGCAAUUACGGGUUUGGCAAAGUAUCUGGUCUUGUUUUCGGCAUCCUAACACGCGAUGGGAAAGUCGACAAGCCCCGGAAUGAAGAGCUGGUCCGGCUUGCAGCUCCUUUGCCGUGUACUUUCCACCGUGCCUUUGAUCAGGUCAUCCAAGCCGGAAACCGUCGUGGCCAGAACGGCGUCAGCGAGCAGGUCCGGAAUGAGCUGGAGAACGUAAUUGAUGCUGGAUUUGCAGCUAUACUCACCUCUGGCGGCGAAGAGACGGCUGUUGACGGCGCCGAGAUGAUUGCUGCCCUGACCACGGCCGCAGAUGGGAGGAUAACUAUCAUUGCUGGCGGUGGCGUCAGGUCUAAAAAUGUACAUGAACUACGGAAGAAGACCGGCACGCUCGUGUUUCAUUCGAGCGCGGUUUUGGAACGGGGAAGUGAUUUGGCCAGUCCGGAAGAAGUGAGGGGUUUGAAGAGAGAGUUGCUAACGUGA